AUGGGAGCGAUCGAGGUUGUGAAGACGCUGGCGGAGAACGGCCACGUCACCCGUCAUCCCAUCGAGGCCAUCGUGUUCACCAACGAGGAGGGCACCCGAUUCCACCGCUGGCUCAUCGGCAGCCGGGCCAUGGCGGGGAUGCUGGAGCCGGAGGACCUGGUGGCGGUGGACGCCGAAGGUGUCUCGCUGGCCGAGCGGAUGGGGGACAUAGGCGGAGACCUGUCGCGGGUGAACGAGGCGGCCCGCAAGGUGGGCGACCUCGCUGCCUACUUCGAGCUGCACAUCGAGCAGGGUCCCUACCUGUACCGGUCGGGAACUCCCAUUGGAGUCGUGCAGCGGAUGGCGGCCGAGGAUGAGAUAUGCCGCGUGGCGACCGCGGGCGCCCUGGACGUGCAGCCCAACGCGGUCAACGUGGUGCCGGGCCGCGCCACGGUGGGCGUGGAGAUUCGCGACCUGGACAUGACCGCGCUGGAGAACGCGGAGCGGGAACUGACCCGGAUGGCCCUAGAAUCCGAGGAGCAGGACGGCGUGCAGAUAACCAUCAAUCGCCACCGCUUCACCGACGCGGUGCCCAUCACGCAGGGGAUGCGGGACUGGGUGGGCGAGGCCGCCGAGCGGGCUGGCUUCACGUGGGAGCUCGUGCCCAGCGGCGCGGGCCACGACGCCCAGGCGAUCGCGACAAUCGCGCCCAUGGCCAUGGUCUUCGUGCCCAGUGUGGGGGGCAUCAGCCACGCCAUCGAGGAGUACUCAUCCCCCGAGGACUGCGCAACGCGCGCUCAGGUGCUGCUGGAGUCGCUGCUAGCAGCUGGCCGUCUGAGCGGCUGUAGCUGCUUUUCAUCGGAGGAACGGGGACACACUCGUUUCUUACAACCCUAA